AUGCAUCUGUUGGUCAGGGAUAGCACGAUCUUACUGGUGUUGAAGGAUGGCUAUCGGGACGGGUACAAGCGAACUGGCAAGCCUGAAAGCAAGAGAGGCUUGGUGGAUCGAGCAGCUUAUAUGUCCUUCCUCGAAACUCAACUGGAGCGAGUGACGGCAUCAUGCAAGACGGUGGAGGCCUACAACUGCAGGUUGAACACAAUCCAGGACUCUUUGGCGCAUUUGGACUCGAAAGUGAGCAACAACACCAAGUUGAUCUCUAUAGCACACUCCUUUGCAGAACAAGUCGAUGACGAGAUGAAGCGAUUCAAGAAUGUCUACAACAACAAGUUUGACCGCAUGAGCGAGAGCGUGUCGAGCAUUCUCGACAUACACCAGCAACUGCUAGGACGCUUGGAGAAGCUAGAAGCACGUCAUGAAGAGCAUGAAAGAAGUCUACUGCAUAUGGAGAAAGAAGACUCCCAGGCAUCGAUCGAGCGUGCGAGUACUCAGCUCCGCGAGUUGGGAGGCAGCAUCAACGACAUGAAGCAUGAGACCAGCCUAGAUCGAGAUAAGAUCCGACAAGUUGUCGCCGAGAUGUCUCGGCUCUCCUCUGACAGCAUAUCUCGCACGGACUUGGCUAUCUCGCGCAUGCAGUCGGACAUGAGCGAGCUCGAGUCGCGCGUCAACGUUGAGAUUCGGCGAGCUGCUCUUGACUCGCAAGAAGCCGAGCAGCAGCUGUCGAAGCACCUUGACGUGUCGCUUCAAGCGCUGCCGCGAGCCCUGCAGGAGGUGGACGCGAUGCGCAUGGAGAUCGUGCGACUCGACAAUGAGAGGCUGAAGCUCAAGGACUUGAUGCUGAACAGACUGAAAGACGUAGAUGAGGAGCUCCGCCGAUGUUACGAGAAAAAGAUUGAAUCUUCAAGCUUGUUGUUGAGGCCUGACCGAAGUCAUGCCAACGACUUCAUGUCAUCCCACGAUUACUUGGACAAGGACGCCUCCAGGCACGAGGCCUCCAAGAGUCGGAGGAGAGAAGAUACGUGGGAGGCAGGCGAGCAGGGCAGGGGGGCAGCAGCAGGAACGAGAUGGAACGUGGGCGAGAAGAGAGACGCGAGGCUGACGGAGGAGGCGAAGCCCAGCUACAGUGAGAUCAGAAGCCGAUCCAUGUCUCCGCAGAGAAGCAUGCAGCUGCUGGACGACACGCGAUCAAGCCUGGAGCUGCGCAAGGAGGAGAGGAGGAGGCGACUGAAGGAGCUGUACGACGAGCUUUCAUCCCUCGAGAUCGAAGAAAGUCAUUUCAGGAAAUAA